AGUUUUCAUGAGGAGAGAGAGAAGAACACUGGCUCUAAAAUGAGUUCUCCAUCUUCUGAAUCAAGCUGUGAUCAACCCAUGAAGAACCUACCCUUUGCUAUUACUGAUGCAACAGUGACUGACCCCAGCAUGUGGAAGACGCUGAGAUCUGAGUCUCCAGAACCCAGUGGUGUGUCUGUGAAGAGCAAUGCAUCUAUGAUGGAUCCCCCUGCACUCAGUGAAGCAACAGUGACCUCUGAGCCCACCAUGUGGAAGAGGCUGAGAUCAAAGUCUCCAGAACCCAGUGGUGUGUCUGUGAAGAGUAAUGCAUCUAUGAUGGAUCCCCCUGCACUCAGUGAGGCGACAGUGACCUCUGACCCAAGCAGGAGGGAGAUAUGUGCGCUGAUCAGAUAUGUGCCAUCCUCUACAUCUCACUAUCAGAUCAACAUCAGGCAAGAAAGAACUGAAGCAGUCCUGCAGACACACACAAUGAAGACUACAGACCUACAGAGAGUCAAAGACCAGUACAAAACCAGCAUAAAGAUCAAAUAUGAGAGAUUAUUUGAGGGAAACAAACUCAAAGAGAAUGAAAGCCUCCUGAACAGGAUCUACACACAGCUCUACAUCAUAGAGGGAGAGAGAGAAGGAGUGAAUGAAGAACAUGAGGUUUUACAGAUGGAGAAAACAGCCAGAACACAACACUCACAAGACACUCCAAUCGAUUGCAAUGACAUCUUUAAAGCCUCACCUGAACCAGAAUGUGAGGAGAAAGACCAAAUCAAGACUGUUCUUACUAAAGGCAUUGAUGCAUUUGGUUAA